AUGCCUCUUGACGCAGAUUUCGAAUUCCUCCCUUUGGGAGCCAUCAUCCAAAGCUUCCUCGUCCCCACAAAAGACAAAUCGGUGAAUAUUGUCCAGUCAUUUCCAACCGCAGAGCUAUAUCAAAAAUACAAUCAGCCAUUUUUUGGUGAAACGAUCGGAAGAGUCGCGAAUCGUAUCGCGAAUGCGAAAAUCAAUUCUUUGAAUGGAAAAUCUUACACUCUUGCGCAGAAUAAUGGGGUGAAUGCUUUACAUGGUGGUGUAAAGGGAUGGGGUAAACGUGUUUGGGAAGGCCCGAAGUUGGUGGGUUUGAGAAAAAUUCCGGGAGUAGAGGGAUUGGAGGGGGGUGAGAGUGUGCAGUUUACGUUGAGGGAUGAGGAUGGUGAGGAGGGUUAUCCGGGAACGUUGGAUGUUAGUGUGGUUUAUACCACUGGAAAACAAAAGGUCGAUGGUAAGGAAGUCAGAGUGUUGGGUAUGGAAUAUGAGGUCAAGCUGGUGGAUGAUGGAAAGGGAGUUGAAGAGACAGUUGUCAAUGUCACCAAUCAUUCGUAUUUCAACCUCACUGGCAAAUCGACAAUCGAAGGUACACAAGUCACAUUAUGUACCAACGACUACCUACCAGUCGACGAUGGAGGUAUUCCUACCUCUGGACCAAAGCCAUAUGACAGUAUUACACCUAACAAGGAAUUUACGUUGGGACCCGAGGAACCAAAUGUUGAUGAUUGUUUCAUCGUGGAUGCAAAAUCCGAAUCUACUCCCCUCGAUACACGAUCUUCGCCUCUCACUACAUUAGUCAAAGCUUCUCACCCAGAAACUGGUAUCCAUCUGGAAGUUUUGAGUACCGAGCCCGCAUUCCAAUUCUAUACUGGAAAAUACAUCGACGUACCAGCAGUUGAGGGACUUGAGGCUAGAGGAGCAAGAAGUGGAUUCUGUGUCGAGCCAAGUCGAUAUGUCAAUGCAAUUAAUGAGGAAAAGUGGAGAGGACAAGUAUUGCUCAAGAAGGGACAAGUUUAUGGAAGUCGGGUUGUUUAUAAGGGGUGGUCUGAAGUUUGA